CUUCGACCCACUGCUCGAGCUAGCACUUUUCCUCCUUCUUAGCCUCUCUACUGAGUGGGCAAUGGACCCCAUUCUCAUCUUCUUUACUUAGUGGUCUCCCGACACACUUGCAAACACCAUCAUUACACUCCAUUACGAUCAUUACGUGUGCAUGUAAAAGCCAUAAAUACUCUCAAAGAUCCCUGUCAGUUCAGACGAUUCCCGGAGUUUAAUUUCUUCUGUGAUGGACAAACUCCGAGACUUCGCCCCACGGGGAGGCCUGGAUUCUGGUUUCGGAAAGUGUGAUUCCAGCAUGAAGGUGGGUCAUGGAGGAGACGAAAUCCCAGUGCCGGAGACGAAGAAGGUGGAGUGCAGAGCUGAAAUCGACACCUCGCCGCCGUUCGGGUCGGUGGAGGAGGCCGUGACCCGGUUCGGCGGUCGAGGGUUUUGGAUUCCACUUCACAAGCUCGGAGAUGCUUAUCAUGGCAUUGAGGAGGUUGAUAUUAACAAAGUGGAGCAACAGGCAGCAGAGUUGGAGAAAGAUCUAAUGGCUAAACAACAGGAGACACUUGAUGUGUUGAAAGAAUUGGAAGCAACAAAAAGAUUUGUAGAAGACUUGAGACUCAAGCUCCAAAUCCUCGACUUACAUGCAGAUGAUCAGAAGAUUUCAGCAUCCCCUCCUGCAGCUAUCAAAGAAAUGAACAAGGAAAAUUCCGGAAGCAGUACUGCCGCUUCAACCCUAAACCACCCUGGUAAUUCAUCUCCUGAUUUGAUCUUGAUGGAGUUGAAGCAAGCCAAGCUAAAUCUCAGCAAAACCACCAAUGAUCUGGCGGUGAUUCGAGAUUCUGUUGAGUCCCUCAACAGAAAGAUGAAGCAGGAGAAGAGCUCGCUGGAGAAGAACCAAGAAAAUAUGGUGAUCAAUUCAAGAAUGAGGCCGCAGGCGGCUCUGAGUUUGGAGGGUAAAGGCGGUUUUGAGAACCCCACAAACAUUUCCAGAGAGCUGCAGCAGCUGAAUUCUGAGGCGGAGCAGUUUAUAAAAAUGGCGGAGGCGGCGAAGUUUGAAGUCCUGAGAGCCAUGUCUGGGAUUGAGCAGACCAAGACUAGCAUGAAGACAGCUGAAAUGAGAUGGGUCGCGGCCAAGAAGAUGGAGGAAGCGGCCAGAGCGGCGGAAGCCGUCGCCCUCGCUGAGAUACGGGCGUUAUCGGGCGGCUCCGAGGCGUCGUCGGGGGUUUUCAUGCAGAAGCCGGAAGGGAUUACGCUUUCUUUCAGAGACUACUCUUCCAUCGUUAGUAAUUCUCAGAGAACCGACGACAUGACGCCCAGGAAGAAAGCGGUGGAUCCCAUGAUUCUGAAGAGGCUGGAGGAAGCCACAGAGGAGGUCGCAGUCAGUAAAAACGCCCUGGAAGAGGCUCUGAAUCGAGUAGAGACUGCAAACAGAAGAAAACUGGCAGUAGAAGAAGCCCUCCAGAGAUUGAAAAUGGACCACCACCAUGACCAAAGGAGCCGGCACGUGCAGAACUCCCAGCUCUUCAAUGGCGACACAAGGCCUGUUCUGAGGCCAUCAAUUUCCAUAGGAGACGCACUGAGCAGAAAGCUGAUGAUCCCAGAAGAAUUUGGAGUGAGAGAAGGCCAUAAAAAGGUGUCUCUAAGCCAAAUGCUUCACAAACAGAGUGGAGCUCUGUCACCGCCACGGCCGCCACCACCACCAGCUACGGCUUCUGAGAAAGAAGAUGAGAUUGACCUGAAGCAGUACUUUGCUAAGAGUAGGAAGUUUGGGUUCAUCCAUCUGUCACUCCCCAUGGCAAAGCAGAGCAAGAAGAAGAUGCAAGCUGCUAAUUUGAGGUGAUACACAACUGGGUUUUCUUCUUCUUCCGCACUAACAUCUUCUCCUUUUUACUUUGAUUUUUCUUCCAUUAUUGUUGGCUUUUU